AUGUAUAACACAGAUUUAAAAUUAACUCUAUGUCGUACUUGCCUGCAAACUCUUACACAAACUAAGCAUUUUAAUAUUUUCAAUACCUUGGAUUUGGCCAAAAAGUUAAUGUUAUGUUCUACGCUGCCGGUGGAAGUCACCGAUGAGUAUCCUCAAAAUGUUUGCGUACAGUGUUACGAACAAAUUUUAUUAUAUUAUGAAUUUCAACAAAUGUGCCACAAUGCCUUGGAUAGAUUUAAUGAGCUGUUAAAAACUAAGGAAUGGGUGGCAGAAGAUAAUCAGAAGGAUGAGGAACAAGGUGUAGGUGAAGCAAAGGAUCCCUUAAAUGAAGACCAAACAUUGCUCAAUCAUUUAGAAGAAAAACCAAGUGAGCUAUUGUCUAAUAUAGAAAUUUUAUAUGACUUAUCGAUAAAGAAAAAACGGGGCAGGCCUCAAAAGAAAAAAACUAAAGUUGAAAAUCUAAAAAAGAUUGCAAUAAAGGACGAAAGUAAUAGAAAUGUUCUAACAGAGGACGAGACAAAAGACUCAAAAGAACAUUUACAAUUUGAAUAUGAAAGUGAGUUUAAAUUGGAAAUUGAAAAUACUGCUCUAAAUGAAGACUGCAUCGAUGAUAAAAGUGGAAUUUGUAAAGACCGAAUAUCUCCAACAAAUUUUACUGAAAAAGAAGAUGUAAUAUCCGCUGUAUAUAAAGAGGAAGAAAAGCCUCAAGAGGAAAUAGAAUUUAAGCAUCUCUCAGAUACCGAAAGUUGUUCAUCGACCCAAGAAUCUGUGUACCAAAAACGUUGCCACCAAUGUGAUCGUUGCGGUGAAAACUUCAGUGCUCUUCAUCGUUUAGAGGCACAUAAAAGACAACAUGAUGGCUUACCCCCCUACUCCUGUACCUUUGAGGGUUGUGAACGUUCCUUUAAUCGUUGGCAUUUUUUCAACAAACAUCAAAAGGAACACAAGCUAGCACCAGGGCAAAGUUACAAAUGUGAUUUGGACAACUGUGAACGGUUGUAUAAAAAUAAAUCAGCCCUUAAUAUACACAAACGUAAAUUUCACAAUUUCGGGCCAGAACUCAAGACCCACAUGUGUGAAGUUUGUGGCAAAGUAUUUAAAUCGUCGGCAGUUUUAAAUGAUCACCACUAUACACACAUUGAUAAGACCCAACUGCCGUAUGCCUGCGAAGAGGAGGGCUGCACGAAACGUUUUUCCAACAAGGAAAAACUAAAAGUUCACAAAAUGCGUCAUGCGGGCAUAAAAAACUUCAGUUGUCCCUAUUGUGGCAUGCGCAAGACAACACGCAAUGAACUUAAGAUACAUAUAAACUAUCACACCCUGGAAAGAACAUGGCCUUGUCGGUUUUGUCCCAAAGUCUGCAAUAGUGCGGGCAACUUGAAAAUGCAUGUGAAAAAUAUGCACGAAAGAGCCAAAGAUUUUGCCUGUCGUUUUUGUGAGAGGACUUUUGCCAAAGCGGAUACCAAAAAAUAUCACGAAAUGACUCAUACGGGGGAAAAGCCUCAUGAAUGCAACGAAUGUGGUAGGAGAUUUGUACAACCAGCUGCUUUAAGGACUCAUCGCAAGAUUCAUUUGAGGCAGAAGGAAAAGUGUGUGGAGACGACGGAAUCCAAAGAUGUGCAAAAUACCGGGCCGGAGGAGACUUUUAUAACGGAGACUAUUGUAGCAGAGAUUUUAAGUGAUACCAAUGGAAAUUUAGAUUGAUUUUGAAAGGUUUAAUAAAUUUUAAGUUAAAAAAUAA